ACGGCCACAAUCUUGUCGGGCGAUGAAUGUUCUUCCUUCGCCGUUCGAUUUGCUUUGAAGUGGCAAUGAAGGUUCGGCACAAUGGCGACCAGGAAAGUGAAGGGGAACGAUGCAGACCUAUCAAAUGUCGUGUUCGAAACCUCAGAGGAAGUGCAAGUUACACCGACCUUUGAUAGUAUGGGUCUACGUGAGGAACUUUUGCGAGGAAUUUAUGCUUACGGCUUUGAGAAGCCAUCUGCUAUUCAGCAACGGUCCAUCAAACCAAUAACCAGUGGAAGAGAUGUGAUUGCGCAGGCACAGACCGGUACUGGAAAGACAGCUACUUUCUCAAUCUCUUCAUUGCAGAUUUUGGACACCCAGCUUCGUGAAACGCAGGUUCUAGCCCUCUCACCGACUCGUGAGUUGGCAACACAGAUUCAGAGAGUGGUUUUAGCACUUGGAGACCAUAUGAAUGUGCAGGUUCAUUCGUGCAUUGGUGGUACCAAUGUUGGAGAGGAUAUCCGGAAGCUAGAGUAUGGCCAACACAUAGUGUCUGGAACGCCGGGCCGCGUUCGUGACAUGAUUUCUCGCCGUGCAUUGCGUACUCGCUCCAUCAAGAUGCUGGUAUUGGAUGAGGCUGAUGAGAUGUUGAACAAAGGAUUCAAGGAGCAGGUCUACGAGGUGUACCGUUAUUUGCCACCAGGCACGCAAGUCGUUUUUAUCAGCGCUACUCUUCCUCAUGAGAUUCUUGAAAUGACCCACAAGUUUAUGAGCAAUCCCAUUCGCAUUCUUGUAAAGCGUGAUGAACUGACCCUGGAGGGUAUCAAGCAGUUCUUUGUUGCUGUCGAGAGAGAGGAAUGGAAGUUCGAUACUCUGUGUGAUUUGUACGACACACUCACCAGUACACAGGCCGUCAUCUUCUGCAACACCAAGAGAAAGGUUGAUUGGCUGAACGAGAAGAUGGUGGAGGCCAACUUCACAGUAGCAUCAAUGCAUGGAGACAUGCCACAGAAAGAGAGGGAAGCCAUCAUGAAGAAGUUCCGAGCUGGUGACAGCCAUGUCUUGAUUUCAACAGAUGUCUUGGCACGAGAUCUUGAUGUGCAGCAAGUAUCGCUGGUGAUCAACUACGAUCUGCCCAACAACCGUGAGUUGUACAUCCAUCGCAUCGGUCGAUCAGGUCGCUACGGUCGCAAGGGUGUUGCCAUCAACUUUGUGAAGAGUGAUGACAUCCGCAUUCUCCGUGAUAUCGAGCAGUACUACAGUACGCAAAUUGAUGAAAUGCCAAUGAAUGUUGCCGAUCUCAUCUAGUUUUUCCACACAGGUAUGGCGAGUUUGUUCCACAUCAUAGUCUUGUAGCAUAGGCAUCUGACAGUAGAGUUGGCUUCGAUUUGCAUGAAGUGUAUCUUUUUACUUUUAUGUCUCUUGUCAUCUUUUCUCACAGACAUCCAUGAAAUGUGUCGUACUUGAAAAUUCCGUUGUUUUAUAAAAUUUGCAUGAAGUUAAAAAGUGAUGAUUGUAACGUUUUGUACAUACAUCGUGUGUAACGCGUAAGCCAAGAUUGGACCAUGUAACGUGUGA